AUGUCAAAAGCUCAGGGAUACUUACGCCCGUAUCGCGGGAGUGAGGAUGACUUCGAGACAUUUUGGGCCAAAUUCGAAGUGCUCGCGACGAUCAAGGAAUGGGAUUCCGACGAGAAGAAAAUGCCGCAGCUACCGCUGUUUCUGGAGAAGGACGCUUUCCUUGUCUUCAACAGGAUGUCCGCGGACGACAGGAAGAGCUCCGCAGCAGUGAAGAAGAAGAUGCAGGAGGCGUUCUGUGUCACACGAGCGCGAGCUUUCAGCUUGCUGACGAGUCGGACGUUGAAGAUGGACGAGUCGCCCGACGCAUUUGUUGCGGACCUGCAGCGUCUGGGCAAACUAGCUGGACAAGAGUCCAGCGAUAAGGACGACAACAGUGUCAUCGUCGAGCAGCUAAUGGCCGGUAUUCCGUCUUCUUGGUCUCGCCAAAUUCGUCUGUCAAUGGCAGGAAAGGCGCUCACGUGGAAGGCUGAUUGUCCUGAACGGAAGGCCUGGCAGGCCACGCAGUCAAGUAAGGGCACUGCCGCGGCUGCUGCUGAGAUCGACGAUGCUGCUCUCUGUUCUGUUGCUGUACCAGCGCUGACUGCAGGUGCCAGGCUCCCUAGGAUUUAUGUUGAUGUCUGGAAGAGGGGCAGUCAGGACAGUGCGCAACGAAAGGUGGCGGUCAUCGACACUGGAGCCACAAGCACGCUGAUGACCAAGCAAUGUGCUAUGGAUGGAGUACUGCUGUUAGCUGAGUCUGGCAGUCACAUCAUUGCCCUAGAUGGCCAGCCACUGGGCAUCAUCGGCAAGGCCAGCGUGUGUGUAGGACGACUGGACGGGUCAACCCCAGUUGCCAUGCCGGACACAGAGGUUGAGGUGUUGGUGGUGGAGGACCUGUCCGUGGUACGUGCCGAUUUGCUCAUUGGAUCGGCCGUCGUAAGCCGGUGCAGGGGUCUACGUCUCAGCUAUGAUGAUGACGGCGAGCUGGAGCGAGUGAGGUUUGGCACUGAUGCGUGUGCUGCGUCCGCCGUGCAUACCAAGCCUGUAGCCAAGUGCCAGGAAGCGCAUCCGUCAAGGCAUGUUCGGGUCACCCAAGAUGGCGACAACGUGACGUUGUGUGUAGACGACGGCGAGGUGCGUUGGUGCCAUGACACGAAGCGUUGGGUGCUGAAGUGGGUGUGGAAAAACGGAAAGGCCCCACAGCACCCAGUCGGCCACGGCAGCGGGCAAUACCCACGGGAAUCGCUGACUGCAGAGCAAGAGCAGCUAUUCUGCCACGAGGUGGACACCUGGGUGGAAAAUGGCUGGCUCGUCGAGCACGAUGAAGCCGUACACGGAGCGAUCGCCGGCGUGUUGCCACUGCUCGCGCGUACUCAGGAGCAUAAGGCCAGUACGCCAGUUCGGCCAUGUUUAGAUUAUCGCGGCGUGAACAAGCUGAUCCAAUCGCAACCGGGCUACGAGGCUCCCGUCUGUGCGGAGAAGAUCAGGAAGUGGCGGCAGACUAGCGGUGGUGAGUGGAAGAUGCUCGAUAUCAAGAAGGCCUACCUCCAGGUACACGUCAGCCCAGAGCUUGCACGAUAUCAAGCUGUGCUGUGGAAGGAGAAAGUCUAUCUCAUGACGAGAAUGGGCUUCGGCCUAGCGAUUGCGCCUAAGAUCAUGCACAUGAUUGUGCAGUGGGUCACCCGCAACCACCCAUCGGUUGACAACUAUGUCGACGAUAUCCACACCCCGGCUGGAGAAACGGAGCAGGUUGCCGCUGAGUUGGCUGCAUAUGGCCUGCCAACAAAGCCAGCUGAGCCACUGACGAAAUCCCGUGUGCUUGGCAUGCAGCUCAGGAACGAUGACGACAACGACUGCAGGACCCAAUGGACUAGAAGGGACAUCGACCUGGAGCCACCGCCCAAGCUGACCAAACGUAGCUUGUUCGCAUGGUGUGGGCGACUAAUAGGCCACUACCCUGUAUGCUCUUGGCUACGACCUGCGUGCAGCUAUCUCAAGCGGUUGGCCAGUCCAGAGGGAAGCGCGUGGGACGAUCCGGUAUCCCAAGCUGCAGUGCAAUGCUGUGCCAACUUGUGUAUGAAGCUUGCUGAGGACGACCCAGUCCAUGGCUGCUGGGAUGUGGUAGCGGACGACGACUCGGCCUGGACGGUCUGGUGUGACGCGUCCGACCUCGCAACCGGUGUUGUCCUGGAGCUGCACGACGAAGUCAUAGAGGACGCCUGCUGGCUGCGGCCAAAGCAGGACAAGCGUCAUGUCAACGUGGCUGAACUCGACUCAGCAAUCAAGGGCCUGAGUCUCGUAACCAAGUGGAAGGCUAAGCGUGUGAAGCUGGUGACCGACUCAAAAACAGUGGCAGGGUGGCUGACCCAAGUUGUCGAUGGCACACGGCGUGUGCGAGCUGAUGGCCUGUAUGAAGUUCUCGUGCAACGCCGACUGCAAAUCGUAGACGACCUCAUCGCAACAACUGGCUUGCAGGUCCAGGUCGUCUGGGUGCCGAAAUAUCAGAACGUGGCGGCUAAGAUGACCCGUGUGCCAUUUCGCUGCCCCAAGACGAGCAACGACGUGGCAGCCGCUGUACCCGCUGGUUCCGCUCCUGUCGAGCUGGCGGGGGUGAAGCAGGCGCAGCAAAACGACGGCCAGGUACGUGCCGUCAUGGAACAAGUGUCGAUGGGCAUGCCUGUGACAGAUGACGACUUCAAGGCAGUGCGUUCCCAGCUCUGCAUCAAAGAUGACCUUCUCUGCCGGAGUGUGAAGGUCCCUGCUGACGGUGUGGUACUCGUACCAGUUCUUCCUGGCGAGAUGGAAGAUGGCGUCAUUCGAGCGGCCCAUGCCGGGUCUGGCCAUGCAUCUUGGCAGACGGUCUAUGAGAUCCUACGCCAGAAGUGUUACUUUCCGCACAUGGCUGAGAAGUGCCAGCAGUACGUCAGCCAGUGCCAGCAGUGUCGUGCAGCCAACAGCUCCGGAAGUCAGUCUGUGUCGCCAACUCGACACGAGAUUCCUGGGAGACCGUGGAGCACAGUCGUGAUGGACACGCUCGAGCUAGGACUGUGCCGCAGCGGCAGAUUCGCAUGUGUCUUGGUGGUAGUCGACGUCCUGACACGGUGGGCAGAGAUCGUCCCGCUGCGCCGACAUGACGGGCCCUCGGUUGCUGAAGCAUUUACCGAGCUAUGUCAUCGUUGGGGCCCACCGGACACCGUCCGUAUCGACAACGGCAGUGAGUUUGCGAAUGCGGUAGUGCAGUCAGUCUUUGAUGCCUUUGGAGUGACAGUGAAGACGGGGGCAGUGCGACACCCGCAGUCGCAAGGAACAGCAGAGAGGAUGAACAGAACCCUUCUGACGAUGAUCCGGAAGCUGGCCGAGGACUCGUCUGAUUGGCUGCAGGAUCUCCCCGUCAUGCUGCACUUUUACCGGCCCCACAGAAUGACGGGCGUGUCGCCCAUGCUGGCCAUGGUUGGCUGGGAGCCAAAGUCAAUCAUCACGGGUGUGACUACGGAAUCAACUGUCUGGCAGCAAGCGCAUGCAGCACCGUGCGCCCGACUUCGUGAUCUUCUAGAUUCCGAGCUGUCGAAGGUGGAUCGCCAGGAGGAUGAGCGUGACUGUCCGUUUCGCGUGGGCGAUUCUGUGCUACUGAAGCAGCCGUCCCGGCGUCAGAAGCGUCUCCCACCAUUCCAAACCGGUUGGUUGGUGAUUAAAGUGGUAUCACCGUCAACUGUUGUGGUGCGCCGGCAGCCGCACAUGGGCCAGGUACAGGAGAAGGUCGUCAAUGUGGAUCUCUUGAAGGCAGGCGGAGGAGCCCCAGGCACCUGA